GCAGAGAGCCAUACAAUAGAGAUAGGUGGAAAAGAGAAUGGCACUCUCGUUAUCACUAUCUUCAGGCGUUAGCGUUUCUUACCGUUAUCCUUCAUGUAUAUUGAAACGGAAUGGUAAGAGUUGCAAUAAGGUGUUAUGUUCGGCGCGUAAUGACAAUAAUAAGAAACGGUUUGUUGGAAUUGGUGUUGGGAUUGUAACGGCUUGGGUUAUGGGUUUAACGGCGUUGGAUGCGGAUGCAACGAGAAUUGAAUACUAUGCUACUGUAGCAGAGCCUAUGUGUGAACUCAAUUACGCCAAGUCUGGGCUUGGUUAUUGUGAUGUUGUUGAGGGUUUCGGUGAUGAAGCUCCUCUUGGAGAACUUAUCAAUAUUCAUUAUACUGCAAGAUUUGCUGAUGGAAUAGUAUUUGAUAGCAGUUAUAAACGUGCUAGACCUCUCACUAUGCGUAUUGGGGUUGGCAAGGUAAUUAGGGGAUUGGAUCAGGGAAUUUUGGGAGGUGAAGGAGUACCUCCAAUGCGGAUAGGUGGGAAACGCAAGCUCAUGAUUCCUCCCUUGUUAGCAUAUGGCCCUGAACCUGCAGGGUGCUUCUCAGGUGACUGCAAUAUACCGGGCAAUGCCACUCUUCUGUAUGAUAUUAAAUUCGUUGGUCUUUAUUCGGGAAAUGCAAAGUGAAAGAAGUCAAAAUUGAUCAGAUACAUGUAUGCAUAUGAGCCACACAUGGAUUCAUUUAGAGCAAUGAAAUGGAUUUUUUUGCUAGUGAAUGUGGAUCAACUUGUUAGGCAGAGUCUCCUUCCUAGCUCCAGCUCUCUCAAGUUACUGUUCCUGGUUAGUGCAGUUGGGCUUAAUUGACCUGAAUACCCCUUUUAAGACUAGUCUGGUAGUGUAUCUAUUCUAUGCACAUGACAAAAUGCAACUUUUGUAUCUAUAUUGUAAAUGUAAUUUUCAAUGAUGCUAUUACUUGUAUGUUUAUCCUUUUGAUCUUCUUCCUCUA